GUGUGGUUGUGUGUGCGAUAGUCGCAAUUUUAAGCAAUGCCAUGGUACCCCUACUUCUCGUGCUCAUCGACGCGAAGACGCGGUUUGCCUCGGUAGCCAUGGAUACCAACCAUUGCAGGCACUGCAGGCUGAUGAAGGUGUUAGUGGUAGCACUGCAUUAGAAAGUGAAAGCCACACGGAACCCCGUUACUCGGAUUACGUGUAUGCAGUGGUGCGGAUGCACUUGCCAUACUUUGCAGUUUUCAAUCGACGGUGCAUCGAAGAGGAAGAUCCCGCAGAAAAUAAAAAUCUCUUCGCUCUCCGAUGGCUUCCAGUGUAACCUCAGUGCCCCAGUGUCCACUAUCCGUGGAAAAGUGUCCUUCGCGGUACGAGGAAAACGACAUCGACGCCCUAGCUGCACUGUCGGAGCAGCACCGUACGAUUGCCGCGCAGGAACUGGGUGAAACAGAUGAGAAGCGAGGGGUGGCGGUAAGUGCAAUGCGCCAGUGGAUCGCCUCCCACCCGCACAUACGCAAGUGUCGCACGGAUGCACGGUUUUUGCUACGAUUUCUCCGUGCCCGUGCUUACGAUCUGGAUGCAGCGCGCAACACACUCGAGCGCUAUCUGACGAUGCGCCAGACGUUUCGAUUGUGGUACGAGAAUCUCGAUCCCACCGAUCGCUACAUGCGUGAGCUGGUGGAGGAGGUGCAAGGUUGUUUACCGCUCGGGGUGGACCGGGCCGGUCGUAUGGUGGCGCUGGUGCGUGUGCGGAGCUUCGAUGUAACGCGUUACAACUGCUAUCACCUCGGGCGCUUCCAGCAUAUGCUGUUCGAAGCGUUCUUCGAUGACGUGACGGUACAGGUCGGUGGUGGGGUGGCGAUCGUUGACUGUGAGGCGGCCACGAUGGGCCACAUGAUGUGCUUUAAGCUGACGGACGUGAGGAACUUCAUCGAGUGCAUCCAGCACGCACUGCCGGUGCGUGUGAAGGAGGUACACAUCGUCCGGUUGCCGAUGAUCGGUCAGGCCCUCGGUAAUCUCGUGCUGAGCUUCACCGGUGACGAGCUCCGGCGGCGCAUAUUCUUCCACAGCACCAUGGACGAGGUGGUCAAGUUUGUGGAUCGUGAACUGCUGCCGGUCGAGUAUGGUGGGAAGACGAAACCGGAGGAGGUUACGGCUGCGUUGAAGCAGCGUCUGGCAACCCAACGGGAUGCGCUGCUGCUGCUGGAUCAGAUGGAGAUCGACUGUGCACCGUACGCACACUUCUGGAACCAAACCGAAGCCGACGGUGACGUGGAGUUCGGCAUGGAGAUUGAUUAACGGAAUGUGAUGUGCAUGAAACAAGGGGUGGGGAGGGGUUUUCUACUUUCGGGUGGAGGAUCUAAUCAUUAAAUUGUAUAAUGAGGCUCGAGGGUUUUUCUUUUUCAUGUGGAAGCUGACAUGCAAUUGACCCGUUGCCGGGCGUACCACUUACUAGGCACCCUUUCCGGUGUUGGAUAGAUUUCAAUCAAGCUUGGAUGAUAGUCAAUUAGUGUCUAUAAGUACCCUAGGCGCUGCCAGGUAAGCAGUAGUAGGUUGUUGAGAUAAGACUCUCCUUGCAAUCGACUCUCAAUGCUAUCCGUUGACCCCAGCAAGCGAAGGCAUCAUUCCGUCAAAGCAUGUAUCAAACUAAGAUAGAUUUGAAUAAAAAGCACAUUCAAAGUGA